UCUGACACAAAAUAAGACACACACAAAAUCAAACAAAUAUGAACAAAAAGGCCCUGGCGGCCCUACUUUCAUCCCUCAUUUCAGACCUCUUAACCACCCUCUUAACCAUCCCCCAUACUUCCGGCAACCCAUCAUCUUUUCCGAUCACCCCUUUUCUCAUCAACUUCCUUUCGAUCUCACAAACCAUCACCACUCUUUCUCUUCUUUCCAACAAACGAAAACGGCCCGAACUUGAAGAUGAGCCCGUUAUUAGCCCGUCUAAAACCACCCGUUAUGUCCAAGAAACCUUUACCGGAAUACCUAGAAGCCCGGAUUCUUUUAACCUUUGUUUUAAGAUGAAAUCGUCUACAUUCGAGUGGCUUUCGGCCUUACUUGAGCCUUUGCUUGAGUGUCGUGACCCGGUCAACGAACCUUUAAAGUUGCCCGUAGAAGCCCGACUUGGUAUCGGGCUUUUUAGACUCGCUACAGGUUCUGACUACGUCGAGGUUUCUAGACGUUUUAAUGUUUCAGAACCUGUAGCGAGGUUUUGUGUUAAUCAGUUGUGUAGGGUGUUAUGCACAGAUUUUAGGUUUUGGGUUGGGUUUCCUAGCCCAAAUGAGUUGGGCCCGGUUAGUGAAUCGUUUGAGAGACUAACCGGGUUGCUAAAUUGUUGUGGGGUUAUACAUUGUACUAGAUUUUUUGACUUAGAGGAACAAGAGCCCAUAGCUGCUCAAGUUGUUGUAGAUUCAUCUUCAAAGAUUCUAAACAUUUUUGCUGGAUACAAUGGGAAAAGUAGUAGUCAACUUGUGCUUAAAUCGUCGAGUUUAUAUAAAGAUAUUGAGUCAAAUAACUUGCUAAAUGACCAACCUAUAGAUUUAAAAGGUGUAUCUAUACCACAAUACUUGGUUGGUGAUCAAGGCUACCCUCUUCUUUCAUGGUUAAUGGUUCCAUUUGUCCAACCCAUGGUGAAUUCGAAUGAAGAGAAUUUUAACAAAGUACAUAAUUCAAUGAUGGUUUCGGCUUUUAGGACAGUUGAUAGUUUGAAGAAUUGGGGUGUUUUGAGUAAACCAAUUAAGGAAAAGAUUAAGACGAUGGUGGCUUAUAUUGGUGCUUGUUCGAUUCUUCAUAAUGCAUUGCUUAUGAGGGAAGAUUAUUCUUCUUUAUCCGAAGAACAGGAUGAAUAUCUGCGAUAUAGUGACAGCCCGAAAUAUCAUAUGGAGACUAGUUUUUUGCAUAGUUCAAAUGAGCAAAAGGCAUUUGAAAUUAGAAGUACAUUGGCUACAAGAGUAAGAAGACGUUAAUGUGCAACAUUCUUAAUUGAAAUAGGUAAAGGUAUACAAGUAAAUUUUGUUUCAUUUUUUCAAAUUCAAACAAGUUACUUGAUCUGGUUUUCUGUU